GUCAAAAUCUAACCAAUUACCUACCGUCAUUAUUAUUAUUAUUAUUAUUAUUACUGUUCUGACAUUAUAUUGAUACUGGGGAAGGAGCCAAAUUUUUUUUGGAGUUUUAUCGUUUCCCUUCAUUCAAAAUGGGAAGCGCUUGGGCAAGAUACACAAGUCCAGAAGUGACACCAUACAAUGAAGAAGUAACAUUUGAUCCACUGUAUGGUUUCCCCAAUGGACGAAAGGAAAGAGUGAUGAUUGCAACCGAAGCUGAAAUGGUUUCAGCAAAAUUACCGCUUGAAGAACGAGACUACUGUGCACAUACGAAAAUCGAUUAUUUAAGAUGUAUAGCCGAUGUAUGGCCGUUUCCAUACAAAUGUGCCCACGAGAAACAUGCCCAGGCUCAAUGUCAAUACGAAGAUUAUAUUUUACGAAUGAAGGAGUAUGAACGUGAGAGACGGCUCAUGGUCCGUAGAGAACGUAUUGCCAAGAAAAAAGCAGCAGAAGCGUUAGCAGCAUGAAAAUCCGUUUUUUUUAAAUAGUUCAUAUAGAAUUCAUUUGUGAAAAAAAAUCAAGGAGUUCAAUAAAAUAAAAUUUAAU